GGGGUGUGUGUGUGAUGGAGGGGCGGGGGGGCGGAGCCGCUCGGACAUGAGUAAAUGACGUCAGCUCCCAGGUCGCCGAGCAGUGAAACAAACAUGGCGACAGAAUGGAGCGGGCAGCAGGGUUACAUUCUCACCGUCAUUAUCUUCUUGUGGAGCGCCGUCGGCGGCCGGACAGAGACGGCGGCGGCGGCGGCGUCCGGCGCGGGCCGCGGCGGGAGCCAGGUGCUCGGCAUGCGGCUAGAGAGGAGCGACAAGCCGGCAACCACCACUGACGACGGUGUCCUCCAGGUGACUGAGGAGAGCUCCGUGCAGCUCCGGUUCUACGGGGUGCAGCUCAACUCGGGCGCCUGGACGCAAAUCCGCUUCACGGAGCUCACGGACGGCGGCGGAGGUGCGGACGAAGAGGUGGAGGAAGAGGAGGAGGCGGUGGCGGCGGCGAGGAGCGGCAGCGGCAUGAUGGACGCGCCGGACAGGACUUGUGCUGAUUUCACGAAGGACAUCAGCGUCGGGACCUUCAUGAACGUCAGCAGCCGGGGGACGUCAGGGCUUCUUACGGUCCAUAUUAAGCCGCUGCGCAAAAGCGAGCUGCAGAAGGAGUAUGCCCUGUGCACCCGGAGCCCGGAUGGGAGCAGGUGGGUGCUGCUGGGGGACAGUGAUGGCAGGAUGCUGGUGGUGGAGGAAAAGAAGUCUCUGCUGCCCAUGUGGUUGCAGGUCAUCCUCAUCUCCUGCCUGCUGGUGCUCUCCGGGAUGUUCAGCGGGUUGAACUUGGGGUUGAUGGCGCUGGACCCCAUGGAGCUGCGCAUCGUGGAGAGCUGUGGCACCGACAAGGAAAAGAAAUACGCACGAAAGAUCGAGCCUAUCCGCAGCAAAGGGAACUACCUGCUGUGCUCCUUGCUGUUGGGAAACGUCCUGGUGAACACCACCCUCACUAUACUCCUCGAUGACCUCAUCGGGUCAGGUUUGGGCGCCGUGGUGGCCUCCACAGUUGGGAUUGUCAUCUUUGGGGAGAUCGUCCCCCAGGCGCUGUGUUCCCGCCACGGGCUGGCUGUAGGAGCCAACACCAUCGGGGUGACCAAGUUCUUCAUGUUCCUAACCUUCCCGCUGUCCUUCCCCGUCAGCAAGCUGCUGGACGUGCUGCUGGGCCAGGAGAUCGGCACCGUGUACAACAGGGAGAAGCUGGUGGAGAUGCUGAAGGUGACGGAGCCCUACAACGACCUGGUGAAAGAGGAGAUGAACAUGAUCCAGGGCGCGCUGGAGCUGCGGACCAAAACUGUAGAGGAUGUGAUGACACCUUUAGGAAACUGCUUCAUGAUCCAGGCCGACGCCGUGCUGGAUUUCAACACCAUGUCUGAGAUCAUGGAGAGCGGAUACACACGUAUACCUGUGUAUGAUGACGAGAGGUCCAACAUCGUGGACAUCCUGUACGUCAAGGACCUGGCCUUUGUGGAUCCGGACGACUGCACCACCCUGAAGACCAUCACCAAGUUCUACAACCACCCAGUGCACUUUGUGUUUCACGACACCAAGCUGGAUGCCAUGCUGGAGGAGUUCAAGAAAGGUAAAUCCCACCUGGCCAUCGUCCAGAAAGUGAACGACGAGGGGGAGGGAGAUCCUUUCUACGAGGUGCUGGGAUUGGUCACCUUGGAGGACGUCAUCGAGGAGAUUAUCAAAUCAGAGAUCCUGGAUGAAUCUGAUCUUUACACUGACAACAGAAACAGGAAAAAAGUGGACCCCAAUAAAAGCAAACGCGACUUCUCCGCCUUCAAGCACGACGCCGACAGUAAGGUGAAGAUCUCUCCUCAGCUCAUGCUGGCAGCUCAUCGUUUCCUGGCCACAGAGGUGAGUCUGUUCAGCCCGUUCCAGAUCACAGAGAAGGUUUUACUGAGGAUCCUCAGACACCCAGACGUCAUCCAGGAAGUCAAGUUCAACGAAAAUGACAAACGCUCGCCGCAGCACUUCCUGUACCAGAGAGGCAAACCUGUGGACUACUUCAUACUCAUUCUGCAGGGCCGAGUGGAGGUGGAAGCCGGAAACGAAAACAUGAAAUUUGAAACCGGCCCGUUCUCCUACUAUGGCGUCAUGGCUCUAAGUACACCAUCACUGGAGUUCCGUUCUCCGUCUCACGGGGGCAACCUCAACCGCUCGGCGUCCCUGAGCUGCACUGAGCGCGCUCCGGAAAGCGGCUCCGUCGGCGGCAGCAACACUCAGAUCCCAGGAACCCCCUUCCAGUACAUACCAGACUUCUGCGUACGUGCUCUGACAGACCUGCAGUUUGUCAAGGUCACUCGUUCCCAGUACCAGAACGGUCUCCUGGCGUCCAGGCUGGACAGCACGCCGCAGUCUCCAGACGGCAGUCACGUUCGCUUGGACAUGUCUGUCUCUUUGCCUCCCGUGACGCCGCCGGGGACUCGCACUCCGCUGCCCCUGGCCACGCCUCCCGUAAAGCACCCGUCGUCUAAAGCUCAGCCGACGCCGCCGGGCAGCCGCACCGCUCUGCCCCAAACCACCACCACCACCACCACCUCCUCCUCCUCCUCCUCCUCCAGCCGCAGGCCGAGCCAGGCUUUGCCUCAGGCCUCUCCUCCUCCGAACAACCACACCCCCCUCUCACAAAGCCCUCCGUCCUCCUUGAGUACAGCGACGUGCGCCUCUAACCCCCACCCGACUCUGUCCUCCUCCCUCUCCUCCAAAUCCCAGCAUUCCUCGCCCUCUGCCGGCUCCGAGAAGGGGUCGGGAGAGGCCGCCGCUCUGCUCAGUGAGCAGCAGAACUGUGUGGGCCCCCGUAGGCCCAGCCACACCCAGGCACACCCCCACCCCCACCCACACGUUCAAACCAUCAGUCACGCACGCACUGAAAGCACCAUCUAACUAAAACUAAACUACCUGUGCGCUCACUUACAUAACACAUACUCGCGCUACGUCCUGUUCAUCGACUGUAUAUAAAUAUGGACGCCAUGACAACGCUCAGAAAGUGAAGCCAAAACAUCUGGAUCGCCCCCUAGUGGC